UGAGUUGGCAAUGAAUUUCAUCACCUACAAAAAAGUUGAGGUUGUGUUAAGUUGCACGAGUGCGAAAAAUGUGAUAUAAUUUAUUUUAAUUAGUGAAAUAAUAGAAAAAUGCCUGUUCAAGAAAUUCCUCGUGUGCCGGAAACUAUCAAUUUUCCCGAGGAGGAAGAAAAAAUACUGAAAUAUUGGUCGGAAAUCGAUGUGUUUCAAACAUGUUUGAAGCAAUCGAAAGGAAAACCACGGUAUUCGUUCUAUGACGGUCCACCGUUUGCGACCGGGUUGCCCCAUUAUGGUCAUAUUCUGGCGGGUACCAUCAAAGACGUGGUCACACGCUAUGCCCACCAGCAGGGGUUUUACGUGGAAAGGAGAUUUGGCUGGGACUGUCAUGGUUUACCAGUGGAAUAUGAGAUUGAUAAAGCUCUUGAUAUUAAAGGACCAGAUGAUGUAAUGAAAAUGGGAAUUGACAAAUACAACAACCAGUGUCGGAAAAUUGUAAUGCGGUAUGCUAAUGAAUGGGAAAUGAUAAUUGGGCGCAUUGGAAGAUGGAUUGAUUUUAAGAAUGACUACAAGACGCUUUAUCCAACUUUUAUGGAAUCCGUUUGGUGGGUUUUCAAACAAUUGUACUUAAAGGGAUUAGUUUAUCAAGGCAAUAAAGUAAUGCCAUACUCAACGACGUGUAACACUCCAUUAUCUAAUUUUGAGUCUGGACAAAACUAUAAGGAUGUUGUUGACCCUGCUGUCACCGUGAGUCUCCCUAUCAUUGGUGAUAAGGACAACGCGGCCCUUUUAAUUUGGACAACCACCCCUUGGACCCUCCCCAGUAAUCUAACCGCAUGUGUGAACUCGUCACUAGAAUACGUACUUUUUGAGCAAAUCAGUACCGGUAAACGCUACAUCAUGCUGGAGGUCCGUAUUGGGACAAUUUUCCAAGCUGGCGACUACAAAAUCCUCCGAAAAUUUCCCGGAAGUGAAUUAAGGGGGCUACGCUACGAACCCGUAUUCCCGUACUUUGGCUACUUGAAAGACAAAGCUUUCCGGGUUUUGACCGACGAUUACGUCACAUCGGAAUCCGGUACUGGUGUUGUACACCAAGCACCGUAUUUCGGAGAAGACGAUUUCCGCGUUUGCCUGAAUGCUGGGGUUAUAACCAAGGACCAAGAACCGAUUUGUCCCGUUGAUGCAAGUGGCCGGUUUGUCAAACCGGUGACAGAUUUCGAAGGACUUUAUGUCAAAGAUGCCGACAAGAAAAUCAUAGCGACUUUGAAAGCCAACGGCCGGCUUGUUCACCAAUCACAAAUCAAGCACAGUUACCCGUUUUGUUGGCGUUCUGACACUCCUUUGAUUUACAAAGCAGUUCCCUCAUGGUUUGUCCGUGUUGAACACAUGACUGAAAAUCUUCAAAAAGCGUGUGCUGACACCUACUGGGUGCCCGAUUUUGUCAAAGAAAAACGGUUUGGUAAUUGGUUACGCGACGCCCGCGAUUGGGCUAUCAGUCGCAACCGCUAUUGGGGCACCCCUAUUCCGAUCUGGGCGUCUCCAAAAGGCGACGAAUACGUUUGCGUUGGCAGCAUUGCCGAGCUUGAGGAACUAACUGGUCAGAAAAUCACAGAUUUGCAUCGGGAAAGUAUUGACCAUCUUGAAAUUCCCUCAAAAAUUCAGGGGAAUCCUCCACUUCGUCGUGUUCCCGAAGUUUUCGACUGUUGGUUUGAAUCGGGCUCGAUGCCCUAUGCACAGAAACACUACCCGUUUGAGUUUGUCAAAGAGUUUGAUGAGUAUUUUCCUGCUGAUUUUAUCGCAGAAGGGAUAGACCAGACUAGAGGGUGGUUUUACACACUUCUUGUUAUUUCAACGGCUUUGUUUGGGAAAGCACCGUACAAGAAUUUAAUCGCGAACGGACUUGUGUUGGCCAGCGAUGGACAAAAGAUGUCAAAACGAAAGAAGAAUUAUCCAGACCCUUUGGAAAUCGUUACGAAAUAUGGUGCGGAUGCUUUGAGACUUUAUUUGAUAAACUCGCCAGUAGUCCGUGCUGAAAAUUUACGGUUUAAGGAAGAAGGGGUUAGAGAUAUUUUGAAAGAUGUGUUUUUGCCCUGGUAUAAUGCUUUCCGUUUUCUGUUACAAAAUAUUGAAAGUUUUGUACAAGAUAACAAUCAAGAAUUCUUUUACACUGAAAACAACAUUGCGGCUGAGAAUAUUAUGGAUAAGUGGAUUCUUUCAUUCACUCAGUCUCUUUUGGAAUACGUCCGUAAAGAAAUGCAACUUUACCAUUUGUAUAACGUUAUUCCCAGACUUACCAAAUUUGUUGACUACUUAACGAAUUGGUAUGUAAGGAUGAACAGGAAACGUCUCAAGGGUGAGGGCGGGUCUGAUGAUUGCAAAACAGCUUUAUUGACGCUUUUUGAGGUUCUUCUAAACAUUAUCAAAAUGAUGGCACCGUUUUCACCUUUCUUGACAGAGACCAUGUACCAAUAUUUGAAAAAGUUGAUGAAAUCAUCAGCCGACAGUGUUCAUUAUUUAAUGUUACCACAACCCAAUCAUGCUUUGAUCAACAAAGAUAUUGAACGAGCCGUUGCUAGAAUGCAAAGUGUGAUAGAAUUGGGCCGUGUUUUGCGCGACAGAAAAACAAUCCCAAUUAAGUACCCGUUGCCGGAAGUUAUAAUUGUACAUCAAGAUCCUCAAUACAUUUCUGAUAUUCUCUCUUUGAAGGAAUACAUACAUCUUGAGUUAAACGUUCGUACAAUCAAUUCAACGACAGAUAAAAGCAAAUACGGGAUAACUCUGAGAGCGGAACCUGAUUAUAAAGUCUUAGGACAACGACUUAAACAAGAACUCAAAGCUGUAACUGCAGCAAUACAAGCUUUAACCGAUGUUGAGAUAAAUGAAAUGGUUAAAUCCGGAUUUCGGGUUGUGGCGGGCCAGCGUAUCGAAAUUUCUGAAGUUCGACUUAUUUUCAAGGCUGAAAGUAUUAAUACAAACCAGUAUGAAGUUAACAGCGACAACGAUGUUUUGAUUCUUUUGGAUGUAACACCUGACAGUACGAUGCAAGAUGAAGGCACUGCUAGGGAAAUAAUAAAUCGUAUUCAAAAGUUGCGCAAGAAAGCACAUCUGGUGCCAACAGAUCAAAUUUCAGUAUUUUAUAAGACAACCGGUGAUUUAGAUCGUGUCGCUAAAUCAUAUUGUGGUUUCAUAGAAAAUACAAUCAAAGCAACGUUCAAGCCGAUCGAGCAGAAGCAAAAUUCAGACUUGGUGAUAAUCGAGGAAGUGCAACAAUUGAAAAACUGUAACCUACAACUGGUUCUGACUCAAUUUUCUGACAUUGUAAUUCCGACAAGUAAAUGGGUUAACAUCCAGCUAGUAGGUCUCCAAUCCAGAUACUGUAACCGCUCUUCCAAAGCUAUAGCUUUGCUUGAAGUAGCUAAUAAACCAGUCAGUUUAAACCAUUUGCAAUCAUCAGUUUUCCGACUAUUUGGUGUAGAACAUUACAGUCUAGUGAAAGUCAACGCCAAAGAAGUAACUGAACAGGACUUACCUAACUUGUCAGGACAAACAAUUUUUGUAAUUCCACCAAACAAAGACGUUAAAUUGCCUGAAAUUAGUGGUGGAGUGCCUUUUUGCAAAGUUUUUAAUUUUGUUGCACAAAAUGUCAGUGGCACGUUGAUCCUGGAAAACCCGAUAGGGAACGAAAUUUUGAAUGAAAAAGAUUUCAAGGAAAUCAUAAAUCAGUGGAUUAAAUUGGCUUAAAAGAAAAUUUAGGUUUUUUUGAAAAUUUGUUUAGUUUUUGUUUUUAUAAUGUAUUUGCCUUCAAUAAAAACUUGUUUGGUUUAUAA